AGGCGACCACUCACUCUCACUGCCUUGACCACUCGCCUGAGUCAGAGGUAGUUCAGAGCAGCAAGGAGAGCAGCUAUUGAAUAUGUUGUAGAAGCAACUAUUAUUAUUUUUUAUUCUUUUCUUUUAAAGAUCUGGGGUUGUAGCUUUUUAUAAAUGGCAACGAAAAGUUUCGAAGGGAAAUUGUUGAACUGCGAUAAAGAUCUUCCCAGCAGUUGCAAUUGCAGGAGGCAGUGCAACAACUGCGGUGUGUUCCUCGGCUUCUUUGUGCUGUCGCUCUGCCUUCACCUGCUCACCCUGGUCUGCUACUUGGAUCUCCGGUCCGAGGUGAAACGGGAGCUGAUGCAGCAGCAGCAGCAGCCCAGCAGCGAGGAGCUUCCAGGCGCACGGAUAGCGGAUGGUUCCCGGUCUGCGAGCAAGCCUGCGUGGGGAAUACAAUCUGCCUCUACCGCCGGCCCCGAGGAACACCUGUUAAAUUAUCUAACUACAGAAGAUCAGGCACUGCGCCAUGAAAAUCAAGUCAAGGUGGUUCAUCGGAUGAAGAGAAGCCAAAUCAGACAGCCAGGAUCAAGAGGUAAAAGCAAAGGCAAAGGAAAAGGCAGAAGGAUUGGCCCACCGGGGCCACAAGGCCCCCAGGGGCCCCCAGGACCUCCAGGACCACAGGGACCCCCAGGAAUCCCAGGAAUACCAGGAAUACCAGGAACAGCGGUGAUGUCCGCACCUGGACCAGCUGGACCACCUGGACUACCUGGAGCUCCAGGGCCACCGGGACCACCAGGCACUUCAGACAAACCUGCAGACAGUCAGACAUCCAUGGAAUUUGUCCACCUCCAGGGUCAUGACUCGGUCAUUCAAGUCAAACAAGAUCUCAUAGGUGGCGUCCUGGCCGACUGGGUCCGAUCUUCGCUGAACCACAAGGUCUUCCGGUUACACAGCCGAAGUGGACAGUUGGAGAUACUAGUGGAUGGAACCUACUUCAUCUAUAGUCAGGUAGAAGUUUACUACAUUAACUUUACUGACUUUGCGAGUCACGAGAUGCUCGUGGACGACAAGCCUUUCCUGCAGUGUACGCGCAGUAUUGAGAACCGCAAGUCAAAGUUCAACACCUGCUACACGGCUGGGGUCUGCCUACUCAAAGCAAGGCAGAAGAUUACCGUCAGGAUGACAUACGAAGACACAGUGAUAAACAUGAGCAAGCAUACAACGUUCUUCGGAGCAGUGAGACUCGGCAAGAUCCCUUAGUCCUGGGGAGCGAGGGACUGCAGAGGAUAGAGGAGAAAAAGGAACAAGGCUGAAUCUGCAAAAGGGGUCAUCCAAAAUUUAUAUUGAAGUACAACGUAUAAGUGAAGAAAGUCAGACUACAGAGUAAAAUUUAUUUCAUCUAUCCAAAUUAAGUCAAUUCUCAUUAUCCCGACACAUAUUUGUGAAGAAGGGUCUCGACCCGAAACAUCACCCAUUCCUUCUCUAGAGAUGCUGCCUGUCCCGCUGAGUUACUCCAGCAUUUUGUGUCUAUCUUCGGUAUAUGAAUGUGACUUGCAUUGAGUUGUAUCGAGAAACCAUCAAAACUUGCACAUGUCUGUCAACCAUCACAGAUUCCCAGUUAUCCGAUUCUUCCCAUGACAGAGCUUUGUUAAAUGAGUUGAUUUCCCCAGUCCACCCUUCUCCAAGUGGACUGGGAUGAUUCAAUUUGCUCCGCAGCACUCUCGUCAGAACUAAUGGACAUUUGGCCGUUGUUGAAGGCAUAUGUGUCAGCUUUCAUUUUUGCAGGUGGAGGGGACCAAAGACAAAUCGGUCCUGAGGAGGGGAUGUUCUCUCUGUGAAUGAGCAGUAAAGAGCAGUAACCACAAAUGUGGGAGAAGCAACUGAACGAGUUUCGUCUGGAGGAAACUCGGCAAGAAUGGAAACUUUAAUGCAGUUAAAAUCUGCCUGCAUGAUGGAAUGGCCAAUUGCUCGCAAUGUUGCAUCAAGUGAGCAGAUCCAUGGUUGCCUCGAAUCAUUCAUAAAUAUAUUCAAAGAUAAAGCCCCCAGACAAAGUGAAUUCCUAAGAAUCAUAACAGUCUGUGUAAAGUGAUUUCUUCUCAUGUCCCCUCUUCCUUCUUAUUCUGAGUCCUUGUCCCUGAAAACUCGCUUGAAGAAAGUAGUCUUGCUAUUCAUCCAUCCAUCCAUCCAUCCAUCCAUCCAUCCAUCCAUCCAUCCAUCCAUCCAUCCAUCCAUCCAUCCAUUCCAUUCAUUCAUUCAUUCAGUCAAUCAUUCAUUCAUUCAUUCAUUCAUUCGUUCAUUCAUUCAUUCAUUCAUUCAUUCGAGAAUGGCUUCCAUUCAUGUCUGCGAUUUUAAUGAAAAGUCUGUGAACUGUGCGUUGUGAUUUAUUGCAGCGGUUCAACAUGGUGUUGCUGGAAACAGCCAUAGUGGGAGGAAUAUCAAAUUAAGCUUUUGGUUACAAGCUGUAUGUCUGUAACUGGAGUCACCUUAUUGGAUUUAUAGUUCUCUGGUUCCUGAAAACGUGGAUUAUAUGCCCAUGACCAUUGAAAUAUUCCAGCCUGUUACAUUUGCAAAAUGCAACAUUUUGUCCUUGAGGCAUUAUUACAAAUUAAAUGGAAACAAUCUUAUUCUUGCCAUCUUGUGACUGUUUGAGGUAUUACAACUUGCAGUGAAUUACAUCAAAUCAAUGUGAUGAGUCAAGAUGAAAUUUACAUGGUGUCAAAUGAAAAAGUGAGUGGAAAUGAGAUUAUGUUAGCACCCAGGAAGUACUGUGGCAGGGAGUGUGUAUGGCUCAGUUAGCCUCAAGGGGAUACUGUAGCUUGCAAACUCAAUAUAGUUUGAAAAUAAAUGUUAGUGGAAGAAGAAUAAUAGACAUCGAUGCAUCAAUUAAUGUCACCUUCAGUGCUGAAGCCUCGUGGAUUGGCAAAACUGGUUCAAAGAUCAAAGUUGCAAACCAAUGGGUCUUGGAUUUUUCAAAACAUUGGUUUGUAACACGGUGAAGAUGAAUCUCCAGAGUGAACUCAGUCAUAGUUGUAGUGCAUUGAAAUGGGCCUUUCAGCCCAACUGGCUGUUCAAGUUACUACUUCACUGAACUCUUCGUACUUGCUUGCACCUGACCCUUAUCCCUGCAGACCUUUCCUAUCCAUGUACCUGCCCAAGUGUAUUUUAAAUGUUAUUAUCGAAACUACCUCUCCCAUUUCCUCUGCCAAUUCAUUUCAUGGACACAUUAUCCUCUGUGUGAAAACCUUCAGAAACCUUUUAAAUCUUUCCCCUCUCACCUUAAUCCAUACCCUCUAGUUUUUAAACUCCCACACUACGAGAAAAAGACUGGCUAUUUACUAUAUCUAUGCCAUCCAUAAUGUUAUACACCACUAUAAGAUCACCUCUUAUUCUCCUACCUUCCAUAGAAAAAAAAUACCCAGCUUAUCCAACUUCUUAUAACUCCAAACACUCCAAACCCUGCCACAUCCUUCUAUAGAUCUUCUACGGCCUUUCCAGUUUAGUGACAUCCGUCCUUCAGCAAGGCAACCAGAACUGUACAUAGUACUCUAAAUGUAAACUGUAACAUGAUGUCUCAAUUCCUGUACUCAAUAUUCUGACAACUGUACCACCAAUUUUAGUGUAAUCUAUAAAAUCUAAUAACCGUGCCAACCAUAUUCACAUCAAAAUCAUGAAUAUAAAUAAUGAACAACAGUGGACCCAGCACCGAUCCCUGUGUUAUAACAUUUGUCAUAGACCUCCAGUCUGAGAAACCACCCUCUGUCUCCUCCUGUCAAUUCCUUCCGUAUCUCUCAUUUCCUUCUCCCCUGACUCUCAUUGAGAAGAAGGGUCUUGGUCCGAAACGUCACCCAUUCCUGCUAUCCAGAGAUGCUGCCUGUCCUGCCGAGUUACUCCAGCGUUUUGUGUCUAUCCAUCUAUAUAUCCAGUUGGUGGGCUCAGCCUGUCUCACUUUCAAAUUGGAAUUUCUUUUUUGUUAGGAAUGUCGUUCCUGAAAGCCCAGUGGGUGAAUUUUUCACGAUGUGGUUAUGGUCGGUGGGGUUUCAACCUUCUGGUAACUGGUUUUCUGGCUCAAGCAUUGUAAUUCUCCCACAUCCUCUGGCUUUGGAGGAGACAUUGAAGUCCCAACUUGGCGUCUCAUCAGGUUCUGCUGAAGGUAGAAGUAUGAGGAGAGGGCUUUAUUAAACACAAUUGUAUCGCCUGCUGUUAGCCGCUGACACAAGCAACAAGGUUUUAAAAAUUAAAUAAAAAACAAUUCCUGCCACAUUCUAAAGCCAUGCAGGUUUGUAGGUUAAUUGACUUCUGUAAAUUGUCCCUAGUAUGUAGGAUAGAAUUAGUGUGUGGGUGAUUGUUGGUCGGCGUGGACUCAAUGGGCCGAAGGGCAUGUUUCCACGCUGCAUUUCUAAACUAAAAUAAGUUCAAGCCUCAUCAUGGGGUUUAUGUUUCAUUCAACAAAUAAAUAUUAAAGUACUAGAAGCAUGGAGUAUCUGAUGUCCAUUGUUACAAAAAAACAUCUGAUUUGAUGAUGUCUAUAAGAAAAGGAAUCCAACAUCCUUAUCUACAACUCCAGAACCACGACAACUGGUUGAGCCACAAUUGCACUUUCAGCUAGGAGCAAACCUCAAUGGACUUGCCAUAACUUUCUUUGGAGAUACAGUGCGGAAACAGGCCCUUCGGCCCACCGAGUCUGUUUUGCCCAGCGAUCACCUUGAAGACUAGCAAUAUCCCACACAUUAGGGACAAUUCACAAUUUACUAAAGUCAAUUAACCUACUAACCUGCACUUCUUUGGAGUGUGGGAGGAAACUGGAGCACCUGGGGUAAACCCACAUGGUCACUGGGGGAAUGUACAAACUCCGUACAGACAGCACCCAUAGUCGGGAUCGAACCGGGGUCUCUGGCGCUGUAAGGCAACAACUCUACCGCUUCUCCACUGAGCCACUUCCUUUUGUUAAUCAGGGUUAGACAAUAAACACCAAACUAUUUUGAGAAUAGCCACAUCCAAUGAAUAAUUAAAAUAUUAUAUGCAGGCUUCAAACAGUUUGCUUUUAACUGAUAAUAGCUGGGAGAAGAAUCCGAAUUCACAACUUUUUAUAUUUAACUUUAAAAUUCUCUGUGUCAGAUGUAGUUUGCUUUAAGAAGGAGAUAUUCGUGCAGAUUGGGAAAGGGGACAACAUAGACAUGGAGGGCCGAUUGCUGUGCUAGAUCACUAUGACUAUUGAUCACAUCUGUUUGUAGAUAUGUAAAAGCAUUGACUAGUCAAGAAGUGAUUGGGUAAGUCAGGAGUUGGGUGGAGCAGGGAAGAUCUUGGUAAAAAUCGCAGGCAGCACUAGAAAUGCAGCAGGUUAAAAUUGUCAGAAGUAAAAGUGAAUACAUUUCUCUUGUAUUUUAAAUAACAAAAUUAUAGGAUAUUGCCAAAGAUGAGACCACUCCCGAACAGAAUCACAACCAAAGUAGUAACAACAAAUCUAAAUCUGAAAGAAAAACAGAACAUUUUGAAAACUCUCAGCGGUUCAGACAACUUCUGUGGAAAGACAAACAGAGUUAACAUUUUGGACUAGAAACAUUAACCCUCAUUCUCUUUCCACAGAUGCUGUCCAACCCAAUGAGUGGUUUCCAGCAUUUCCUCUUCCUGUAUCAAAUUUCCAGCACCUGCAGUUUUUUGAUUUUCACAUUCAAGUCCAAAUUAUUUUUCUCAACACCUGAGGAAAAGUUGGCUUGUAAAAUCUGCCAGUGUCCCCAAUGAAACAAAACACACAAGCUCUCCUGCAGAGUCCAAUACUUUAUUUGAUCUGGCCAGCUGAUACACCUGUAUGUCCUUCAAUAAAUAUGUGUUGUAUCCUG